GAAUUUACUGACUGCUUUAGUGUUUCUAUAGCAUAAAAGCCAAGUCCAACUUAUUACCCAAAUGAAAUUAUGGGUAAAAAAAUCUGAAUUACACAGGGAAUAAGUAUUAAACACCUGAAGUAAAGCAUGUGCAAAAUGAAUAGAAAUCCAAGAAACCAAUUUACUAAAUAGUUUGCAGAAAAGCUUUUCUUGGUAAUAUCUCUAAGACAUCUUCUGUAUGGAGAAACUAGUCACAUUUUCACUCAUUCUUCCACACAAACUGUCUUGUGUAGAAAAAUGAGUUCUGGAGGUCCUUGCUAUGCACUCCGAAGGGGCAGAAUCUUAGGCCUCAUCCGGCCAGACUAUAUUCUCCCAGUAGUUCACAGGCCUUCAUGGUAAAAUAGCUGCUAGGCAAAGGUCUCCGAGUCCGGGACUUGAACCCGGAACGGCCGCUUUGAAGAUGGGUCACGUGCUUAACCCCUACACCACCUGCGCCACGCCCUAUCAGAAAUAUUUCAACUGAGAAUAAAGUUGAUGUGUUCCAUAAUGAUUUUACCUCCUGUAUUAAUGACAUGUGCAGUUAUACCAUGCCAAAAUAUUAAAUAUUCCAGUAGAUAUGAUAGUUUUACCAUUCACUGUACAUCAGUAAUUGUGUAUUUGAACAGAUUUUAAACCUAAUUUCUAAAUUAAGAAAAGUUGAAUAGUGGAGCCUGUGCUUGCCUUGUUGUUCAACAUAAGGAUGCAAAAGGAUGGAUACGAUUCUCAACCGGAUAAGGAAGAUGAGACAAAGACUGGAUUCAAGGAUCGCAUGAAGAACUUCCCUCGCACUUCAAUUCUCAGUGGGAGAGGCUCGCUGGGCAAGAGCAGCAAGGCAAAGCAGUCCCACCAAACAGAAGAUAGUGUGUCUCCCUCCUCAUCAUCAGAUGAAGACGAAAGUGAAAAGAAGCGGAAGCAGAGACAAGUCAACAUGAAAAAAAAGAUUGCUUCGCUCUUCAAAAAGAAUUUAAAAGUGUCAAAAGAGCAAAAUGAUUCUCAUCCCCAGAGACCGAGUGACUUGCCAUCAGGCAAGAAAAGAGAACGCCCUCCUGACUUCUAUGAGGAGAUUGCAAAGAAGCUGGAAAAACUUAUCGAGAAGUCCCCCAAGAUAAAGGCACCAAGUCCAGAGCCAGAGCUUGGCAUUGAUGAACUGGCACAGAAAUUUGCUAAGCUGCUGUGUUCAGAAGGAGACAAUAUGGACAGGAAGAUCCGGGAGAAUCCGGAGUUGGUCUCCAAAUUAUCAGGUAUUCGCUACAAAUCAUUUGAGUAUGUUCUAGACACCUGGACCAGAAGUCUGACAACUCAGGCCCCCCACUCGAGACAAUCUUCUAGUCCAACUCUGCAUCGAAUAGCUGUCUCUAUGGAGCUGACCCGGCGGAUGGUGACGGCCACAGGAACACAGCGGUUGGAGGGCUACGCAGUGCGCUAUAUGGACAACUUUGUCCCAUGGAUCAAGAGUAAUGGAGGAUGGGAAAAAGUGCUCAGCCCUGACUGGACUGAAGAGUGGGAUUGAUGCUCUUAGUGGCUUUUUUUUACAAGCAAAUGCUGAACUGGAUGAUGGCAUCUAACAGAGAGACAGAACCUUGCUCUUCUUUCUGACAUUUACAAACUGACCAGAGUUUUAUCUGGCCAUUCACAUUACAUGUAAAUAGUCUCUUUAAUUCCUGUUGCAUUAGAGUGCUUCCAGUUGCUAUUUUUCUUUUAAACACUCAAUGAGGGACCUUCUUAUUGUCGUUGCUUCUACUGAGCAUCUGUUUUCAAGGACCUCUCAGACAGUUUGAAAGUAAUAGUUUUCAUUACCAGUAGUGGCUGAUUUCCAUUUGGAUCACAGCUAAGUCCAUUUAAACAAGUAUGUCGUUUUGAAUUCCAUUUUGGAAAAAAAAAAGAAAGCUUUUUUUUUUUUACAAAUUUUUUAAUUGUGAAAAGCUUAUGAAAGAAAUCUUUAAGAUGUUCAGUAUGAUAUCUCAAUAAAGAAUAUUGCAACAAGGCAUGGCCAGUUAUGAGAUUCUAACGGUGUGAUUAAAAAAUACCACAGUUUUACUUUAUCACAGUAUUUAAACACAAACUAAAAACACACAUUUAUAACAUGUCUAACUUAUUUUUCUAACAGAAAAGUAAAAAUUAUUUAUGGUGCUGUGAACAAAACAUUCUCCCAUUUAGCUGCAGAAAACUGCACUGUACGGAUGUGUUUAAAAAGAAUCUGCUUGUUGAUAGGCCAACGUGAUGUCAGAGUUUUAGUCAUUGUUGUUUACAUGAUGUUUGACAAGAAUUAAUGUUAAAUAAUGUGAAGAUGUGCGUUUCUUUUUACUUUGUGUGUGCUCUCUGACGAGAUUCAUACUGAUGCUCCGGUCAGUACUAAGCCUGCUGUGUUUUGUUUGUUAGAACAGCAGCAGCAGAUGUGACUGGAGGUUUAAACCUGUUUCUAAGCCAGCUGUAACACCACCUAAACUCUCCAUUGUACAAUAUUGAAUAAGGGAAAAUGUGAUGAUGCUAAUUAAGUGUUAAAUUGUUGUUUUUGAUUGCAGUUUACAUUAGUCACAUUGGGCAGAUUUGAAAAUGUUCUUGUAUUUUAUUUAAUGCAAAUGAAACUGCUGAUAUGUGAGAUAAUGUACUGUUGUCAACCUCCAACCUCUGUAACUGACCGUUAUAUUAAAUGCUGAAAUCUUA